GAGGGCAGCGGUGCGGAGGAGCGGGCGCUCAGGGUCGCGUCCCUCCGUCGGGCGCUACGAGCACCAUGGCCGGCUGCUGCUGCCUGUCGGCAGAGGAGAAAGAGUCUCAGCGCAUCAGCGCCGAGAUCGAGCGGCAGCUCCGCCGGGACAAGAAGGAUGCGCGCCGCGAGCUCAAGCUGCUGCUGCUAGGAACUGGUGAAAGUGGGAAAAGCACCUUUAUCAAGCAAAUGAGAAUCAUCCAUGGGUCUGGUUACAGCGAUGAAGACAGGAAGGGGUUCACGAAGCUGGUUUACCAAAACAUAUUCACUGCCAUGCAAGCCAUGAUUAGAGCCAUGGACACCCUAAGGAUACAGUAUGUGUGUGAUCACAAUAAGGAAAAUGCCCAGAUAAUCAGAGAAGUGGAAGUAGACAAGGUCUCAGCGCUUUCCAGGGACCAGGUCGAAGCCAUCAAGCAGCUCUGGAAAGAUCCAGGAAUCCAGGAGUGUUACGACAGGAGGAGGGAGUACCAGCUGUCGGACUCCACCAAAUAUUACCUGACUGAUAUUGACCGAAUCGCCAUGCCAUCAUUCGUGCCAACGCAGCAAGAUGUACUUCGGGUCCGUGUGCCCACCACUGGCAUCAUUGAGUAUCCGUUCGACUUGGAAAACAUCAUCUUUCGGAUGGUGGACGUUGGCGGCCAGCGAUCUGAAAGACGGAAGUGGAUCCACUGCUUUGAGAGUGUCACCUCCAUUAUUUUCUUGGUUGCUCUGAGCGAGUAUGACCAGGUCCUGGCUGAGUGUGACAAUGAGAACCGCAUGGAAGAGAGCAAAGCCUUAUUUAAAACCAUCAUCACCUACCCGUGGUUUCUGAACUCGUCUGUGAUUUUGUUCCUAAACAAAAAAGACCUUUUGGAAGAGAAAAUCAUGUACUCUCAUCUAAUUAGCUACUUCCCGGAAUACACAGGACCAAAGCAGGAUGUCAAAGCUGCCAGAGACUUUAUUCUGAAGCUUUAUCAAGAUCAGAAUCCGGACAAAGAGAAAGUCAUCUAUUCCCACUUCACGUGUGCCACGGAUACAGAGAACAUCCGCUUUGUGUUUGCUGCUGUCAAAGACACGAUCCUACAGCUAAACCUAAGGGAAUUCAACCUAGUGUAAGAGCUGCCACCCGCUCCUGCUCCGUAACAGAAGACAUGAUUUGCAAGCUCCUCCUUUUAUCUGCAAGUGCUUCUGACAUCACGAGAGCCCGCCCCAAGCCAGGCAGGACUGCCACAGACCAGACCAUGCGGACGAGAUGGGUGAGGGAAGCUGGGGGACACAAGUUUACCAAAACUUUUCAAAAGUCUUUAUUCUCAAUUGUUUUUAUAAUUCUUUUCUUGACUUCUGGCUGAGAUUUUAUGUAAUUUUUGAAUUUGGUAUUUUAUAGAAUUUUAAAAAGCCACUGUGAUUCACCGUGUUUCUUUAAUUAAAUUUUAAGUGUGUUUAAUAGCCAUUAAAAAUCAUGUAACAGAGGGACCUAUUAAUUUACAGAUCGUCCCUUGAGAUUUUCAGGAUUAAUCUGGGUGAUUUUUUUUUAAAGAAUGUUAAUAGGUUUGAUGUUUUUUACUAAAUCUUGUCAUUUAGAGACAAUUCUAAUUGUUUUUCUCUCCUCACGCUGAAACAUGACUCCUUUUAUCAUGUAACCAAAGACUGUUAAGAUGUUUUUUUGUGUGCUUUCUAAGCCAAGUUAGUGAAUACAUCAUCUAAUUUAGUUUUGCCAUAAUUCAGUCACCCUAAAGGUCAAGCCAAAAUAGAUAAGUGGGCUCUAGAUUGCAUGUAUGCUCUACUGGUGGAAAUGCAUGUAUGUAUCUGUAUGAAUGUUUUCCAACGUGUGACCAGGUCUUUGUAAGCUUAUGAAAUGGCUAAAAGCCAUGUUGUUUAACAAAUGGUAUGUAACCCCUGCCAAAGUUCUGAAGGCCACCAUCGAUUCACUAUGUUUGAACUAUGUACGUUGCGCAGUUUGAAGAGGCUAAGAAUAUACCAUUCUGUCAUCA